CGACAACGAUCUACCCAAACGCAGCGACGACGGCGAGUGAAGCUCAAGCCUCAAAGUAAAGCACAACUCAGCGAUUGACAACGGUAGGCAGCAAGGCGAUGCACGACGCUGGCGGCAACGGCGAUGCACGACGCUGGCGGCAACGGCGAUGCACGACGUUGGCGGCAACGGCGAUGCACGACGCUGGCGGCAACCGCGAUGCACGACGCUGAAGGCAACGGCGGUGGAUGUCGGCGAUGGUGAUGACCGACGACGAAGGUUAGAGGUGGAGAAGGAAUUUGUCACGGCGGAGAAGAGAGUGCAUGGUCUGUGGUGGCUGCUGGAGAGCAGGUGGCGGCGCGGUGGGCGGUGGCUGUGGGAUAGGGAUAAGGGUAAAGGGUGGGAGGUUUAGGGUUUUGUGA